AUGCUUCGCUUCAAGGCUUCUAUAUUAAAAACAACCAAGACACGUCGGCUACAGCGUCGUCAAUCACGAGAAAUGCUGAAUCGUUUAUUUGGUGAUUAUAAUACUAAUGAAAGUGAUGAUGAAAGUAACAUUACGGUUGGUGACCAUAAUCAAUCAUCUGAACGUGAGUUAAGAAAUUUAUCACCAAAUGUUUCCUCAUGUUUACCAUCAUUCGAACCAAUAAAUUAUCAAAACGAUCAGUUUGACAACGUACAUUCAUUUGAUGAUCAUUUAUUAGACAUGGAUAAUGGGACACCAUUAUUUAAUGACAGUUCCAUAACUGUCAACAAAGCCGUACGUGAACUUUGCUGUUUCUUCACCGAUUUCAAUAUAAACAAACGUACUGCAGUUCAUCUACUUCGUAUUAUUAAAAGACUUUUACCAAAACCUAAUAGACUACCAACAUCAUGGAAAGGGACCACGAAGGUAUUAGGCUAUGUAUCAAGAUCACAAACAACAUUUUUAUGCUCAAGCUGCUUCCAACAAUGUCAAAAGGGUCGAUAUGGUACUAAAUUAUGUACAAAUGAACAAUGUCCUAUGAAAAAUCGAAUAAUGAAAAGUACUGAAAUAGUCGAACUUGUACAUCUAGAUAUUCGUACACAAAUACAAGCUAUUUUAGAUAGAAAUCAAUUAUUACUUAAUCGAAAAGGUUUGUAUCCUACGACGGAUGUUUGUUUCGGCGAAUAUUAUCAAAGUCAAUCAAAUGCAACAACUAAUCGUGUUACUUUAAUCGUUCAUACGGACUAG